AUGGCUUCAUCUGAUAUUUCCUCCAUAUUUGGAGCCCGACUCCUCUCCUCCUUCCCCUUCACCGCUGGCAAUAUCAAUAUCAACCAUGGUUCAUUUGGUGCCUAUCCCUUUGCCGUCCGAGAAGCUUUGAACAAUUACCAGCGGCGUAUCGAUGCUCAGCCCGAUGGCUUUCUGAGAUACGAGCUGCCAGAGUUAAUAGACAAAUCUCGCAGCGCAGUCGCGCAGCUAAUCAAUGCCGACGUUGACAAUGUGGUGCUAGUCCCCAACGCCACAACCGGCGUCAACACCGUUUUGCGCAACCUGGUGUACGAGGAAGGCGACAAGAUUGUUUAUCUGGGGACAACAUACAGUGCCUGCGAAAAGGCUGUGAUUCAUAUCGUCGAUACCUAUAAACCGCAGGAUUCGGUCGAGGCUGUCAAAGUAGAUAUGCGGUAUCCGAUGUCCAGUGAUGAGAUCCUGAAAAGGUUCGAGGAUGCAAUCUCCCACAAAGGGGUACGCAUUGCCCUCUUUGAUACCGUCUCAAGCCUUCCCGCUCUUCGGUUGCCGUUUGAAAAGAUGGUUUCCCUGUGUAAGAAGUACAAUGUUCUCAGUCUGGUAGACGGUGCUCACGGUGUCGGGUGUAUUGGGCUCGACAUGCGAAGCUUAGACGCCGACUUUUUCCUUACCGUUAGAUGGCUUUACACACCCCGGUCCUGUGCAAUCCUACACGUCCCAGCUCGGAAUCAACAUCUCAUCAAAACCUCACUCCCUACAUCCCACGGAUACAACCCUGCAGAACGGCCAGGAAGACCAAAGGUUCACAAUCCUUUACCAGCAAGCACCAAAUCAACGUUUGUGUAUCUGUUCGACUUUGUGGCAACCAUGGAUUAUGCGCCAUACCUGUGUGUUCCGGACGCCAUCAAAUUCAGAGAAGAGCAGUGCGGUGGCGAAGACAAGAUUCUAACGUAUACUAUUACCCUUGCGAAGCAAGGAGCGGAUCGCGUGGCUAGCAUUCUAGGAACAGACGUCCUUGGAGAUGACGACCAGAGGGCAUGUCCUUUGACAAUGGUACGGUUGCCGCUUACCUUCUCCGAUGAGGAUAUCAAAGAAGAAAAGCACAAGUCGGUUCAUGCGUGGAUUGAGAAAACAAUGUUUUACAAGUAUGGAGCGUUCGUUCCUUUGAUCUAUCACGGGAGUCAGAUGUGGGUUAGGUUAAGUGGGCAAGUCUACCUUGCCUUAGAGGACUUCGACAAAGUUGGGCAUAUGUUGUCUGAUCUCUGUGCAAGAGCUGCAAAGAGAAAGACUUCGCAUUUAUGA